AAUUUGCCACGUAGGUGACGUCAUCUAAGACAACAUUGGAACAGCAUCGGUGAAUCAGGUGAAGUUAACGCCGUGGGGUCCGCUGAGGGGGCUCGGAUCUCUUGCUUGUGUCCAGGGAUCUGCCACUCAGGAACUGAGGUCCAGAGCCUGUAAUCUAAACAUCUGGGAUCCAGAGUGUGUGGAGACCAGGAGCAGCGGCAGGAUUUUUUCGAGCAGCCGGCCGUCAUGUUCGGUGACAUGGAUUUUGAAAUCGAAGAAGAUAAGUUGGGAAUUCCAACCGUGCCUGGGACUGUGACGCUUAAAAAGGACUCUCAGAAUUUAAUUGGCAUCAGCAUCGGCGGAGGUGCCCAGUACUGCCCCUGUUUGUACAUUGUGCAGGUUUUCGAUAACACUCCCGCUGCCCUGGAUGGGACGCUGGCUGCGGGCGACGAGAUCAUCGGCGUGACCGGGAAGUCCGUCAAAGGGAAGACGAAAGUGGAAGUGGCCAAGAUGAUCCAGGCUGUGAAGGGAGAAGUUACAAUUCAUUACAACAAACUCCAGGCUGAUCCAAAGCAAGGGAAAACCUUAGACAUCGUUCUGAAGAAGGUGAAGCACCGGCUGGUGGAGAACAUGAGCUCUGGUACAGCCGACGCUCUGGGCCUGAGCCGGGCCAUCCUGUGCAACGACGGGCUUGUGAAGAAACUGGAGGAACUGGAGAGAACGGCGGAGCUGUACAAAGGACUGAUGGAACAUACAAAGAGACUGCUGAGGGCGUUUUUCGAGCUGUCACAGACACACCGAGCGUUCGGCGACGUGUUUUCCAUCAUCGGGGUGAGGGAGCCGCAGCCCUCUGCCAGCGAGGCCUUUGUCAAAUUCGCAGAUGCUCACCGGAGCAUCGAGAAGUUUGGCAUCCGACUCCUGAAGACGGUGAAGCCGAUGCUCAGCGACCUGAAUACGUACCUCAACAAGGCCAUUCCUGACACUAAACUCACCAUCAAAAAAUACCUCGAUGUCAAGUUUGAAUAUUUGUCUUACUGUCUGAAGGUGAAGGAGAUGGACGAUGAGGAGUACAGCUGCAUUGCCCUUCAGGAGCCCCUGUACCGGGUCGGCACUGGAAACUAUGAGUAUCGCCUGAUUCUCCGCUGUCGGCAGGAAGCCAGAACGCGAUUUGCCAAGAUGAGGAAGGAUGUCCUGGAGAAGAUCGAACUACUGGACCAAAAACAUGUUCAGGACAUCGUGUUCCAGCUCCAGCGCUUCGUCUCCGCCAUGUCCAAGUACUACGACGAGUGUUACGCCGUCUUGAAGGACGCGGACGUGUUUCCAAUCGAGGUGGACCUGACCAAAACCAUGCUGAACUACAGUCCGAAGGACCUUUAUCCCGAUGCAGAAGAGGAGGAGGAAAACGGAGAGAAACUCUUCGACGAUGAAUAGAAUUCUUCUGGAAACCCUUAUUGUUAAAUAAGACCAAAGUAGGUUGCCUAUAAUUGGAUUAAUGCUCGUAUUUAUGUCUCCUGUGAUGAGACUGUUGUCCUGUCACAGGGAAUCCCUGUUGUACAGACAUUGGUUGUGUUGUUGGAAUCUGUUCUUGCCUCCUGUGUCACAGUUUCCAGAGGUGGCCUGUGUAGUACUUCGAUCUGCUGCAGGUCCACGUCCCUGCUCUCCGGGCACUGCGCCCUCACUCGGGCAGCCCCCAGCAGAAGAUCCAGUGAAAUCCACCUACCAGAAUCAGUCGUGGACCCUCCUCCGCAGUCUGCCCUCCCACUCUGUGUUUGGAGGAGGUGACGGUUUACUGCCUGUGGAGGUACUCUCUGUUCAGGCCUGUAUGCUGAUGCUAUGGCGUUUCCCCCAUUUAGUUCCAUGUUCUAGUCCGUGUCACAAUCACUGAACGCUGCAUUGUGUGGGUAUUGGGAGUGUUACUGAUGGGUGGUUUCUGUUGACAUGUUUCCACAUCAAUCUCUGUACUCUGGGUCUGAGAGAUCUCCCUGAUCUCUGCUCUUUGGGUCUGAGAAUUCCCACUGACCUCUGCACUCUAGGUGUGGGAAUUCUCCCUGAUCUCUCUACUCUGGGUCUGAGAGUUCCCCUUGACCUUGAGCCAAAUGGUAAACUGGCACUCUCCACAUUUUGGAGAGCAUAGGGGCACGUUGAAAAUAACAGACGAUGUCACUCCACCCUCACGUUAUAGAAGUGAACGGAAAACAGUGUGAACUCACCUCACCCCCGGAAUAUCAAGCACUCUAUGGAGCAGGGUCAGGAAUCCAGGACAUAAGAGAUCAGUGCAGAUCCGUGUUUCUGCACAUAGGGUAGAAACAGAGGGAGGACUCAGUAUCUGCUGCACUGUAUGCGGUGGAUUGAGAACCUUUCAAAUCCCCUGGUUGUUUUUGUGUGGGGCCUCCCUUUAAAACCUCGGGCAAAUGGUCACACUCAUCAUCACAGAAGUCGUAUAGCGGAUUAAGAAAAUCCCAAGUAAAAACUGGGUGUAGAAAUUAAUCUUCCUCAUGGGCACAACUACUGCACACAAAAAGGCCCUGGACUAAUCACUACACUACACUACACUAAUCACAUUUUUUAUUCUCCCCGCAUUCUUAUAUCCGCCCCAGAUUUUACCCCUCAACUAUACCAAGGCCAAUUUACAGCGACCAAUUAACCCACCAACCCGCUCGGCAGAGGGAUGUGGAAAGAAACCUGGUCAGAGAGAAUGUGUAAACUGCACACAGACAUCACGGUUAAACGUGGAACUCUGACACUUUGAGGAUGUGGGACCGUUCUCCAGUGCUGUGUUCCAGGGAUGUGGGCCGUUCUCUGUUAAUCACCGUAUUCUAAGGCUGUGGGACAUUUCAGUCCUCUACUCCAGACGCGUCCGUGUUUCCCGAUGACUUUUAAAUGCUCAGUUUUGAACAUAUUCUGCUGCUGCUUCCACAACUGAGGGUGUGGUGAAUGUUUUCCACCAGUUUGGUGAGAUCUCUCACAUCUUUUUUUCCAAUAAAAUCAUUCAUUGUCUCACGGUCACAGACUUCCAUCUGUGGGACUGAAACAGA